CUAUUUCAAGUUGCUACACAAAGGCAGCGCCUCACGAUUUGUCACCCCAGAGCGCAGAACUGGGGAACCAAGUCCCUGACACACUCCCUACACUGAGAGCAGAGCUGCACUCUAAAACUGGACAAAUUGCUGCUUCUUAAGAAGAUCCGACGCCAGAAGUUUCUGUCCGCAGUUAAUGCAGGAGGCUGGAUAUAGCUGUGAGUCACAGCCAAAUACGAGCGAACUGUUAAACGACUUCUGCAGCUCGUUUUCGGUGCGAAAUUGAAGUUGGAUCACUGUCACAGUCUCUGUCAUUCACCAAAAAAAAAGUUUCAAAGCACAAAAUAAUACAGAAAUCUCUUAAGACUGAUGUUGUGGAGGAAUGGACUGUGGUGGCUGCUGCCUGUGUUGCUGGCACUGGGAGCCAGGAGUCAAUCCCUCGCUGUUGCCCGGGAAGAGGAGGCUGUCUUCGACCUGUUCGCGAUCAGCAAUGUGAACAGACAGACUACAGGAGUGAAGCUAUUUCGAGGUCCCGACCCCAGCACUCCGGCUUUCCGCUUCUCCAGGUUUGACAAGAUUCCCGCAGCCACGGGCGAGAAGCUGCAGGAGAUCAUCAGACUCAUGCAGUACAAUGAGGGCUUCAUCCUGAUGGCUAACCUGAGGCAGGACAGGAGGAGCCGGGGUACCUUACUGGCCAUCGAGGGCCCUGGCUACAAAUCCCAGCUGGAGAUCAUAUCCAACGGCCUGGACAACACUCUGGACUUUCAGUACUCGGCGGAUCAGUCCCAGAACCUGGUCUCCUUCCAGGAUGUGGACAUUGCCGAUUCCCACUGGAAGAAUAUCACCAUCCACGUGAAUGGGGAGAAUGCUUACCUGUAUGUGGGCUGUGAGCUUGCAGACAGCUUCAUCCUCGAUGACCCUUUUUACGAGCAACUGAGUGCAACCAACAGCAAACUGUAUGUGGCCAAAGGACUAACACCAGCGAAGAACUUCAAGGGCUUCUUGCAGAAUGUCCGCUUUGUAUUUGGUACUUCCAUGGUGGAUAUUCUCCGAAAAAAAGGUUGCCUCCAAACAGCCGAGGAAACCAACAGCAAAGAAAACCAAGAGUUUGCCGGUGUCAGCCCUGCCAUCAAGAGCGAUUUCAUCGGCCACAAAACCAAUAAGGUUGUGGACUUUUGCGACCAUUCCUGCAGUGAUAUUGGGAACAUGUUUAAGGAGCUGCAUGGCCUGAGGGUUCUUGUCAGCAAUCUGGCCGAUGGACUGGUCAAAGUGACGGAAGAAAAUGUAAUCAUUCGUGACAUCCUGGACGAUGCUUUAAAGAACUUUCAACCAGGCCAGUGCUGGCAUAGUGGCCGUCUCUUUGACAACAAGGAGGAGUGGACAGUGGACAGCUGUACCAAGUGCACCUGUCAGGAUUUCAGCAUCAUCUGUCGCCGGAUCACCUGUCCGCCAGUGUCAUGUGCCAAUCCCUCUUUCAUCGAAGGCGAGUGCUGUCCCUCGUGUCUCCUUAAGGACAGUGAAGACGGUUGGUCUCCUUGGUCUGAAUGGACAGAAUGCUCCGUGUCUUGCGGCAUUGGAACGCAGCAACGGGGAAGGUCUUGUGACCCCACCAGUAGUCGUUGUGAGGGCCCAUCCAUCCAGACUAAAUCUUGCCAGUCAGUGGAAUGCGACAAACGGAUUCGUCAGGAUGGUGGCUGGAGCCACUGGUCGCCCUGGUCUCCAUGCUCGGUCACCUGUGGCGAUGGCAUCACCACCCGCAUCCGUCUCUGUAACUCGCCCGUGCCACAGCUCGAUGGCCAGGACUGCCAGGGUAAUGGACGGGAGACAAAGCAAUGUGUGAAGGCUCCGUGCCCCAUUGACGGUAACUGGAGUCCCUGGUCCCCAUGGUCAAUUUGUACUGUUACAUGUGGCGGCGGACUGCAUGAGCGCAAGCGGAACUGCAACAACCCAGUGCCCAAGUAUGGAGGGAAGAAAUGCCUGGGGGAUGCCAAGGACACUAAAAUAUGCAACAAUGAUCUCUGUCCGAUAGAUGGGUGCCUAUCCAAUCCAUGCUUUGCUGGCGUAGAGUGCAGCAGCUCUCCAGACGGCUCUUGGGCUUGUGGCCCAUGUCCUUCAGGUUAUCGAGGCAACGGCACAUUCUGCGAGGACAUCAAUGAGUGUGAAGAGGUCUCUGAUGUCUGUCACCAAGUGAAUGGAGUUCAGAGAUGUGUCAACACUGAGCCUGGGUUCCACUGUCUGCCCUGCCCACCACGCUAUCGAGGGAACCAACCCUUUGGUCUGGGAAUUGAAGCAGCCAAGACUGACAAGCAGGUGUGCGAGCCCCAUAACCCGUGUAAAGAUGGGUCACACAACUGCCACAAGUACGCCAGAUGUAUCUUUCUGAGCCUCUUCAGUGACCCUGUAUACAAGUGCGAUUGCCGGAUUGGAUACGCCGGGGACGGCAUUGUUUGUGGAGAAGAUUCUGACUUGGAUGGCUGGCCCAAUGAACAGCUGGCCUGCUCAGCCAAUGCCACUUACCACUGUAAGAAGGAUAACUGCCCUCACCUACCCAAUUCUGGACAAGAGGACUUUGACAAGGAUGGAGUGGGUGACGCUUGCGAUAAAGAUGAUGACAACGACGGCAUAAAUGACGAGAGGGACAAUUGCCCUCUGCUCUACAACCCCCGUCAGUUUGAUUAUGACAAGGAUGAUGUGGGUGAUCGCUGUGACAACUGUCCCUACGACCACAACCCGUCACAGAUCGACACAGAUGGAGAUGGUGAAGGCGAUGCCUGCUCAGUUGACAUUGAUGGAGAUGAUAUCUUGAAUGAGAGUGACAACUGUCCUUAUGUUUACAACACUGACCAGAGAGAUACCGAUCAGGAUGGGGUUGGAGACAUGUGUGACAACUGCCCCCUUAUGCAUAACCCUGACCAGGAAGACUCUGACUCUGACCUGGUGGGUGAUCAGUGUGAUGACAAUCAAGAUAUUGAUGAAGAUGGGCACCAAAACAACCUGGAUAACUGCCCGUAUGUCGCCAAUUCCAACCAGGCCGAUCAUGACAAGGAUGGAAAAGGAGAUGCCUGUGACCCUGACGAUGACAAUGAUGGGAUCCCCGACGGGAGGGAUAACUGCCGUCUUGUCCCCAACCCUGACCAAACCGACUCUGAUGGUGAUGGCAGAGGGGACGCAUGUAAGGACGACUUCGACAAUGACAGCAUCCCAGAUAUUGAUGAUGUGUGCCCUGAGAACAGCGCCAUCAGCGAGACUGACCUGAGGAAAUUCCAGAUGGUCCACCUAGAUCCAAAGGGAACAACGCAGAUUGAUCCUAACUGGGUAGUGCGUAACCAGGGCAAGGAGCUGUUGCAGACAGCCAAUUCUGAUCCCGGUCUAGCCGUUGGCUUCGAUGAGUUCAAUGCUAUCGACUUCAGUGGCACCUUCUACGUCAACACGGACCGCGAUGAUGAUUACGCUGGGUUCGUCUUUGGCUACCAGUCCAGCAGCCGGUUUUACGUGGUGAUGUGGAAGCAGGUCACCCAGACCUACUGGGAGGAGAAGCCCUCCAGAGCACAUGGUUAUGCUGGCGUUUCCCUUAAGGUGGUGAACUCCACCACAGGCCGGGGAGAGCACCUGCGGAAUGCACUCUGGCACACCGGGAACACCCCCGGACAGGUACGAACCUUAUGGCACGACCCCAAGAAUAUUGGCUGGAAGGAUUACACCGCCUACAGGUGGCACUUGAUCCAUCGACCCAAAACAGGCUUCAUCAGAGUGGUGGUCUAUGAAGGAAAGCAAAUCAUGGCUGAUUCUGGCCCUAUCUAUGAUCAGACGUUAGCCGGCGGACGACUAGGACUCUUUGUCUUCUCCCAGGAGGCCGUCUACUUCUCUGACCUCAAAUACGAGUGUCGAGAUAACUGAGCAUCUGCCUGCAGCACACGUCGUGGGAGUCCUGAACAUGCUGUGCAGCCUCAUCACCUCAAUCGGACUGGGAGUCCCGAUUUACGCCCACUUUUUCCUCGCUGGCUUCCUGAGUGUAACCUUUGACCCAUCCCUCCCUUUCUCCCAUCCACCUACCCCCCACCCCACCCCCACCCCUACCCACCUUCGGCCGACUGUGGUGACUCUGUGCACCAGCUCUCUGGACGGCCUGGUAGAAAUGCGGCAACCGAGACGCUAAUCGGCAGGAAGCUGACUGUAUCUCAAACAAGUCUCGCACCGUGGCUAUACCUAGAUAGAGGGAUUAGUGAACAUUUAACAAACUUAUCAUACUGCAAUAUAAGCCUGCCGUUACUAUUUUCUAAAUAAGGCUGUUGUCGAGGAAACCGAGCAGCGGACUGUUUUUUUUAAAAAGAAAGCCUGAUUUAACAAUGUUAAAAAUGACAUCUUCUGGGAAACAAUAAUGAAUUACAAAAAACAUGUUUUAAAA